AUGUCCAAAAAUUUUAUAAUAAAUAUCCUUAAAUUUUAUAAUAAAUAUCCUUAUUUGGCAAUACAAAAUAUUAUUUGGCUUAUUUUAGAAAUAUUGUUGAAUUUAAUCUUCGUCCUAAAGAGAAAAAUUUUUUAUGAUGUUAAAAAACCAAAUCAUCCUCGAGCACCCAGCUGUUGCGACUAUUUGAAAAUAAACUCCAUUUUUGUUAAAUUGUUGACCCAUGUAACACAAGCAAAACGUAUUGAAGAAAAAUCUAUUGAAGAAAAAUUAUGA